CGACAACUGCCUCACAUUGCGUCCCCUCACAACCGCUCCCAAUGGCAACUACUUAAGCAAGGUCCAUUCUGCAAAGACAAAUGUAGCACUGUCGCCACUUUGACGCGAGCAAUGUUCAAGCAAUUGCAGCGAUCCUACCUGAGCGAAAACUUCCACCAACAUCGUCUCAACACAACAUUACUCAAACAAUGUCGUCCCUUUCUGGGCGUGGACCCUAUCCUCUACCUGCCUAUGACCGCCGCUGAACGUAGUCGAUGCAUUCGCUGGAGGUUGGGUUGGCUACCCAAUGGCUACUCUGCUGCUUGCCCACGCCACCCGCAUGCGCCUCUUACAAAAACUCACGCUCUUUGGUACCUCAAUGUUUACAACCGCUUAUGCCUCCCAAACACGAUUGAUGGUCCUCUGUCCCUCCUUCUGGACCGUCUACCCACUACCCGACCACGCUCACCAGUUACCACCUCCUCCUGGCAUUUUCACUGGCCCAUCAUUUGCCAGAUACUGUUCGAACUCGAUCACCCAACAUGUCAAGCCAAUCUCACUCCACGAACCUUGUCAUGGAACUUGCUUGCUCCUCCUACUAGCUAG